AAUGGGUUCUUCUAUAUGUGCAAAUUGCACCAUAAAAUCUGAAGAUUCAGAUAUACAAGCAUUACCUUAGGUCUAAUAAAUUGUGUUUGAGUAUACAGAUUAUUAUGAGAUUCCAGAGACUUCAAAGUCAAAAGAACAACCUUUAUAAUAACAAACAGAUAUUUUAAAAAACGUACAAAGCCCUAAAUUGAGAGGUAUUUUGAAGCAUAAUUUCUAACAAAAUAAAGAUCUUGGAAAUUUUAGUUAAGAUAAUAAAUCACCUACUAUUACUAUAUAAAGGAAAAAAGUAAAAUUUAGGAAACCAUCAAAAUUAAAUUAUAGUGAUUGA